AUGAUCAAGAAGGCCGAGCACAUGAGGGAAGUGCUCUCUGUUCAGCCCGCUGUGAAUAAAGGAAAGACCGAAGAAAAGGACAUCCUUUCAUUCUCAACCAUGGACUUGGAAAGAGUUCAGAUGCCACAUAAUGAUGCUUUAGUAGUCACUCUUCGCGUCAAAGACAUUGACAUCAAGAGAAUCUUGAUCGACCAGGGGAGUUCGGUAGAAAUUAUGUACUAUGACACGUUUAAACAAAUGAAGUUGAAAGACAAGGACUUGGCCCCCGCAACGUCCCCUUUGGUCAGCUUCAACUCACAGCCAGAAUGGCCAAUCGGAAAGAUUAUUUUGCCAGUGAAAGCGGGAUCGGUUGUAAAGCAAGUAGAGUUCUGGGUGCUUAAAGUUCCAUCAACUUACAACUUGAUCUUAGGCAGGGGUUGGCUGCACGCCAUGCAAGAAGUUGCUUCGACCUUCCACCAAGUCAUGCGCUUUCCGGCACCAAGCGGACAAAUAGAGGAAGUUUGGGGGGGACCAGGUGAUGGCGAAACAAUGCUUCGUUGCGGUAAAUGGCAGCCGAGUGGCCAAAGGGUUCAUCCAAAUGAUUGA